AGCAGGGUUUUUGACCCCUUUGUGCGCAUGUCGUCGUGGAUGGUGGCUCUGUGUUGUCCGUGUGUUGGCGUAGGUUGUGGUUGUCUUUUUGGCGCGCGCGCGCGUACGAUGCACGUGCGUGGGCAGGCGUGCGUAUGCCUGAGCGUAGGAAUCAGUUUUCCUAGGAGCCGCUCCCUGCAUUAGCUAUUUAUUGCACCUGUUCUCACAUUUAUUCGACCCACCGCGGAGGAACCGCUCCCGAUUAAUAAUUUUCCAUCACGUGCCAACGACGUGACAACUGGAUCUCAGCGGACCUCGGUGCUAAAUAAUGCAACAAUACGCAUCCCAGACCCACACACCUCAUCUUUAAUAAAAACACUAGUAUAGUAGCAUCACCCACACCAAACAAAAGAAGAGAGGAAAACUCGAAACCAUUCCCAAAAUCUCACCACCGCGAUGAGCUUCUCCGUGACCAAUUUGGCUCCGGCCAUGGUUGGCCCCUGCGAGCCCACCCCGUCCGCCAGCCUCCCCCUCUCCCCCAUCGAUCGGGCCCCGGGCAUGAGGCGCUUGAUCGACUUGUUCCUCGUGUUUGGGCCCGCUCAGGACCCGGCAAAGGUCGUAAGGGAAGCUUUGUCCAGGGCUUUGGUCUCCUACUACCCUGUAGCCGGGCGAUUCGCGGUGUCCGACAGCGGUGAGCUCGCUGUGGCUUGCACCGGCGACGGCAUAUGGUUCGUCGAGGCCUCGGCGAAUUGCAGCCUUAAAGAUGUUAACAAUCUCGAACGCCCUUUCAUGAUCCCAAAGGAAGAGCUCAUUCCAUGCCUUCCACCUCAGGUCAAGCAAGACGAUGUGUUCUUAAUGUUGCAGGU